AUGGCGGUCGAACAAGCUCUGUUUCUGGACAGCGCCAUCCGAGAUUGGGUGCUGAUCCCCAUCUUGGUGGUGAUGAUUCUCGUGGGUGUGCUGCGACACAACGUCAUCUCGCUCCUCAAUUCGGCACCAAAGAGCCUGUCUCCGCCAGCGCUCAGGGAACAACGAGUGAUGGCGAGAGCAGGUGCCCUCCGUCAGAACUACUUCCAGCUGCCACCGACCUCUUUCGCAGCCCGCAAAGCCUUCCUGACUGAGGCCCUUUCCAACGGCUCGUACUUGCAGCCCAAGGACAAGGAAGAGAAAGAAGGCCCCAAGAACCCAUUCGAGCCCGCGGGCGGCAUGGACACCAUGAUGGACGGCAUGAAGAAGCAGAUGGUCAUGAUGAUCCCGCAGACCGUCAUCAUGGGCUGGAUCAACUUUUUCUUCUCCGGCUUCGUCCUGCUCAAGCUGCCCUUCCCUCUCACCGUUCGCUUCAAGGUGAUGCUUCAGCGAGACAUUCAGUCGCCGGACCUCGAUGUCACCUGGGUCUCUGCACUCAGCUGGUACUUUUUGACCCUCUUCGGUCUUAGCGCGGUCUACAAGCUCGUGCUGGGAGACGACAAUGCGGCAGAUGGCACACGCGACAUGGCGGCCAUGGGCGCCGGUGCUGCUUCCAUGCAAGCCAUGAACCCAGCAGCACCAGGUCAAGCACCCGACUUUGAAAAGCUCCACCUGGCCGAGCGCGACAAUCUCGAAUUGGCCGGGUUGGAAGACUCGAGCGUCCGCUGGAUUGGCGACGGCAUCGAGGACCGCGUACUCGCCCUCUACUCUUAG